CAGAUACCCCAGUAAAAGACCGCAGCACGAAGAAGCAAGUACCAAGUCUCAUGCCUUAGCAUAAAUCAUUCGGCUUUUGGCGUUUCUAACGCCUUAAUCACUCGACUGUCCAUUGCUUCAGCUUUUCCACAAAAAGUCUGAUAUUUCUUUUUCGUAACUCUGAACGUCAAGGACUUAACAAAACGAUAGACAAGAAAACAUGUUGCAGGAAUACGUCAAAGAUUAUCUACCCUACCUGGGCGGUGCAGCAGGUGCUUUAGUGCUAAUGGAAAUUGCGGCUUAUUUCGUGUCAAGACCGUCGCCAGAAAAACCAUUGGUGCCUUUGGAUGCACAAUCUAGACUUCUUCCAGGUGCGGAACUGAUCAGAGUCUCCAAGUUUUAUAAGGACAGCAAGGACGGCCGAUUCGUCAGCUACAUACACGAGGACACAAGAACCCUUUACGAAGCCUUCCGCAAGGGGGCCAAAGAAUCCAACAAUGGACCUUGUCUUGGAUGGCGAGACGGAUCCCACAAACCAUACCAGUGGCUCCACUACAAUGAAACUCUGCUUAGAGCAAGGAACCUUGGCUCAGGUCUUAUUUCGUGCGGGCUCGCACCAGGCCCAACGACCCUCGUUGGUCUUUACAGUCAGAAUUGUCCUGAAUGGAUUCUGACUGAACAGGCUUGCUACACUUACUCCUUGGUCGUAGUGCCUUUAUAUGAUACUCUUGGCCCCGAUGCAUGUGCCUACAUCAUCAAUCAAGCAGAAAUCAGUCUAGUCGUCUGCGAAGACGAUAAGAAGUGUAAUUUGCUGCUCGACAAAGCACCAAGAUGCUUGCGGAAAUUAAUCGUGAUAAAGGAGACGCGACCUGCAACGAACCAGAGAGCGAAGAACCGCGGUGUGGAAUUAUUAAGAUUCGAGGAUGUUGAACGUCUUGGCUCCCAGAAAGAUCAUCCAGAAAUUCCACCAAGGCCUACCGACGUUUGCACUAUUUGCUACACAUCCGGUACUACAGGAAAUCCGAAGGGCGUUAUGCUCACUCAUCAGAACGUAAUGGCAGGAGUCUGUGCCGUUAUUCUCCAACUGGGCGAUCAUAAGCCCACAGCUUCCGACACGAUGAUCAGUUUUCUACCUUUGGCUCACAUGCUUGAAAGAUGCUGCGAGAACGGCAUGUACAUGGUGGGCGGUUCUGUUGGCUUUUACAGCGGUGAUAUCAAAAGAUUGUCUGAAGACAUGAAAGCUCUCAGGCCGACUGUAAUGCCUGCUGUACCUAGAUUACUCAACCGCCUAUACGACAAGGUUACAGCUGAACUGCAAAGUUCAUUCCUAAAAAGAAUGUUAUUCAACAUGGGCUUACGAGCGAAGGAGUCAGAAAUCAAGAAAAGCAUAAUAAGGAAUAAUAGUUUCUGGGACAAAAUUGCUUUCAAGAAAAUCCAAGAUAGUAUGGGUGGUAGACUACGGCUUAUGGUGGUUGGUUCGGCACCUCUUGCCGGAAACGUAUUAACCUUUACCAGGUGUGUCCUUGGGUGUCUCAUCGUCGAGGGUUACGGUCAAACAGAAUGUUGCGCUCCCAUCACGCUUACCGUCCAGGGCGACCACGUGCCCGAACACGUAGGACCACCAGUGGCCUGCUGCUGCGUAAAAUUGGUUGACGUCCCUGAAAUGGAAUAUUUCGCAGUGAGCAAUCAGGGCGAAGUUUGUGUCAAGGGUUCAAACGUGUUUGUGGGCUACUUCAAAGACCCAGAGAAAACUGCAGAAGUUGUCGACGAGCAAGGAUGGCACCAUACUGGUGACAUUGGAAUGUGGCUUUCGAACGGAACGCUGAAGAUCAUUGAUCGCAAGAAACAUAUCUUCAAACUUUCACAGGGCGAAUACAUUGUCCCUGAGAAAAUUGAAAACAUUUACAUUCGUAGUCAGUAUGUGCACCAAGUUUUUGUACACGGGGAAUCCCUGAAAUCCUGUGUGGUGGCAAUUGUUGUACCGGAUGUCGACGUGGUCAAAUGUUGGGCACUAGAGAACAAAAUUCCUGGAACAUUCAGUGUACUUUGUGCAAAUGCUGAAGUCAAGAGGCUCAUACUCGAUGACAUGCUCGCUUGGGGCAAAGAAGCAGGACUUAAAUCAUUUGAGCAGGUAAAAGAUAUCUACUUACAUCCAGAUCCAUUUUCGGUGCAAAAUGGAUUACUCACACCGACAUUAAAAACAAAACGACCUCAACUGAAGGCGUACUUCAAGCCCCAACUGGAAGAUCUUUACCAGCAUCUAGAUUAGUCAGAAUGCUUAACAACGAGCUCAUCCUUUCUAUAUCUAAGUAUUUCUAAGCACUCAUUUUAGUUUUUCGGCUCCUUUUCUCUAUUUCAAACUCACUCUUAAUCUUUCUCUCGUCAGUCACUGCACCAUUUCACCGAUUUUCACAUCGUUCAUCGAAAGUAUGUUCUAUCCUUUCGGUACUUUUAUUAUAUCAUUUCCACUGAUAUAUAGUUCAUUACGGUAAUACAACAAAUAAGCUAUUAAGGUAACUGAUGAUAUUAUGGACAUUAAAUAUGUUAUUGUUAGA